AAGUUUACAUUAGUGAUCCCUGAGAGUGUUGUUUACAUCCGUCCCGUGGCCUUGUGUGUUUACGUCCAUCACGCUGACGAGGCUCGGGGCUGCCUUGCCUUGCCGUACUGCGUGUGCUGCUUUCCUUCCUCUGAUGCCCUGCUGUCUGUGUGUCUCUAGUCUGAGAUCAUGCUGUCAGCAGAUGUUCCAGAAUUUGUCCCAAGAGCUUAUCAAAACCUAGGCCACCCAAGCAACACACCAACCUCCAAGCCUGAGGGAAGAACACCUCAGCCCCAACAGACCACAGGCACAUCAAGAGCACAUAAGCCUCCACCAGGUUCAAGAUUUGGCCUCACACGUGCCCCUGAGACCUCAUGGCGGGAGGGAAGAGAAACAGAGUCAGGCUCCUCAUAUAAUCUCCCCAAACAAAAUGAUGCAUGGAGACGUUCAGGAAGGGAGUCUGUCAGCUGGAGGGAAGGCCAAACACAAGAAGGUAGCAGGCAUGAGUGUGGGACUGAAGCUCUCCCACACACACAUUCAGGUCCACCAAAGUCGCCAGAGAAGCAGGUCCAACCGAAAGGCCGAGGAAGAGGAAAGCCCACGAGUGCAGACCUUGAGUCACAGAUCAGGAGCAAGUUCGUCACAGCAUCCAAGAACAUGACCCACAGCUACACACAGAUCCUCAAACACAAACCACAGAACAGUAAAGAGGAAACAAAGCCAAGCAAACAAGACUUCUCCAUAACCACAGACAGUCAGUGGCCAACAUUAACUGGACCACAGCCUCAAAACUUGCCCAACCAAAGCAGUGAGGGUGGUAAGAGAGAGACCGUUUCUAAUCCCUGGGAGAGCAGAAGCAGUGAAGUCUCCUCUACCAAAAGCCCCACAAAGAGCCCUCAAAAUCCUUGGCAAGAGAAAGGGGCAGCAGAACCAACCCAAAGUAGUCCUGCUGUGAGGCCAAAGAACACCAAGGAACAUCACAAACCCUCAGAAAAUGCUGCGAAAAUGAAACUAGGCAUUCCGAAAUCCCGAAGAAGUGCAGAAAUGAAAGCAUCUCCAAGUGUGGGCAAGAAACUGGAAGGAACAAGAAAACAUACUUUGGAAAACCUGUGUGAUGGGCCAAAGACUCAAAACAGUGAUGCUAGAAGUGCCUUAAAACCUGAAGAUGAGACCUCCAGUGGGGCUUACAAGGACGAGGAGCCGGACAAGGUUACCAAGAGCAGCCCUACAGAAGAUGACUCAGACCCAUUUCAGUGGAAGGUAAUUGGGGAAAAAAAGAAAAUCAAGAUGAAAGAGAACGAGGUACAUGGCUCUCCCAGGUGCCAGGAACUCAGAAGUGACGGAAAGAAGUCUGUGAGAUAUCUGCCAGACAAAUCCUCCCCAAGAAUUGAAAGAAAACAAGCUCAAGAGGAAAGAAAACAAGCUCUAGGUGAAGGAAGGGAAAGAAAAGCUCAAGAAUACUCAGGGAAGGUUCAAAAGAGUGUUGUGGUUAGUAUGUUGAAAAAUAAAAGCCUGCACUCAGUUCAUCAGGCUCAGGGAGAGAAUACGAGAGAUUUAUCAGCACUUAAAUCUGGCCUGAAGGAGGGAAGGAAAUCAAGACCAACCAAGGUAGCGAGUCUUGCCAACUGCAGCAGCGAUCAGAGGGAAAUGAGAGCUGCAAAGAAGAGUUCUGCUAUUGCAGCUGCAAAACCCAUGGACGAAGAGACCCUGCAGAGGAAACUGGCAGCAAAACUUAUAAAACAGGAGGAGAAGAAGAAGAAGAGAGAGAGAAAGGCAAAGCAAGCACUCAUGGAAAACCGCCCAAAAGACACAAAAGUUUCAUUCAUAACGGCAGACUUAUUGGAGUCUUGUAACCAGCAAACGCCGAACCAGCAAGCAUUCAACAGCCAGAGGGGCGAGGGAAUGACCUUCACCUCAGAGGAAUACCCAGCCUUACAGAUGCAGAGGAACCCACCACCAAGACUUCCCGUAAGCAGAAUCACCCAAGCAAAGACUAAGCAAUGGCCGGACUCGAGCAACAAAACAAUGCCUUCAACACAUGUAAAAGUGCCAGGCGGUGAUCCAGGGACAAGACACAAUAAGGGUGACACUCGCACACCAGAAAAAAGUGCCAGAGGAUGGGAGGACCUAGCCAGCACCUACAAGACGGCUCUCCUUGCUGCCAAAGAGAAGGAGAAGACGAGUGUUACGCCAGCACUCACCAGGACGGAAGUGGAUCAUGGCGCCCCCACGGAAACAGUGUUGAGGAAGAAGAAUGUCAAGACAACCGAUCGGAUACAACUGGAUCUCUUUGCUCUCGCCGCCCACACUGCAAAGAAGAAGAAGAAAAAUCUGCUUGAGGAGGAAUAUUCCCCCACCAAGAGAAAGCCUUUGGAGGAGCAGAAGGACCAGGCCGGCAGGACAGGGUUUGCCGUCCCCCCAAUGAUGACCAAGGGGGCGGCGGUGGUGGCCAAGCGAGGCAAGAUCAGCACAAAGCCCAAGAAGAAAAAGAUCUCCCGCAUCAAGAAGUGUCAGAUAGAGAAGAAGCAGAGGGACAUAUUGGCGCUACAGCUGCUGCUUGAACAGGCCAAGCUCAGGACAGCACAACAGACGUCUUUGGAAACGCCCCCCUUAACACACACUGAGCCUGAGGAGUCCCACAAGGAAGGCGACACAGAAGAAAACUCCACAAAUGAUCAACUUGCCUCCACUCAAAUGACAGAGGAACACGAGGAGAAAACUGAUGACAAGGAGAGACAGUCACCCACCACAGACACGAGGGAGAGGGAAACCGAGGAUGAGGAAAACAAGGAGAACACAAGAACCACAGAAGUACCACUAUCAACACUUAACACAAACUACCAAACCAAUAAUAAAGCACCAAAUAACAAUGAUGGAAAGCCUAAAAUCGUCUGGGUGUUAAACAAGACCAAGAACGCCAACCCUCAAAGUGAAGUUCAGAAUGACUCAGGGAUGAAAGCCGAGAAUAAGGAGGAGGACAAGUCAGGUACCCAGCAGCCCCCCGAGGAAGGUUCCCCCGCGUCCCCUGCGUCCCCCGCCCACAAGGAGAGCCUCAUGAACGACCCGCUGGUGGUGCAGAGAGCCUCGGAGCUGGUCUCACUUGUCAAGUCACAAAGCUUAAGCCAAAAAUCACCCAGGAAGUACAUCCACCAGGUGGUCACGCCGGAGGUCAAUGAGGUGGCCAAGGAGCUUAUGAAGAGCCUCAUCGCCUUCCAGGCACGACACUACCAGCGGGAACCCGUCAAGGCUCGCAUCAAGCGGCGAUAUGUGUGCGGCCUGAAGGAGACCACCAAGCUGAUGGGCAAGAUGAGCUGCAUCAUCAUGGCACCAAACAUAGAGCAGUGCGAGGGCCCGGGCUCACUAGAUGAUGCUGUGGAGAAGCUGCUGAACCAGGCCGAGAAACACAAGGUGCCCGUGGUGUUCGCACUCUCCAUGCGAGUCAUGCGGAAGCUGUGCCACAAGAAUGGCAAACGAGUCAGCUGCUUCGGCAUCAUCAGCUACCAAGGGGCCCAGGACCUUUUCAAGCGGCUGAUGGAGCUGCUUCCCGAGGCUCAGAAGCAGUACCAGGAGCUGGUGUCGUGUGGACAGUGCUCAGUGCCCAAGGAAGGAGACGAUGAUGAUGAUGAUGAGGAGGAGGGGAAGCAAGAAGUGAAGAAAGACUUGACGGAGGAGAUCAUUACCCGCACCAAUGCCUUGCUGAAGGGCUCAUGAUGCCCAAAAUAUUAGGAGCCUUGUAGUCAGCCAGGAUGGAGGCUCUUGAUAAUGUUCCUGAACAUUUUUGUAGUCAGAGUAUAGGCCCGGGGUGCAGGUCCAUUAUAUGGAAACAUUUUAUAGUCAGUUUGGAGGCUGUCAUUGUGGAGGUUCAUUGUACAUUAUAUUUUUUAUGUCUGUACAGAAUCAGUAUAAAGAAAGCAUUUAAACAUUUCCCAGCGUGCCAUGAUUUGGAGGCAGAGCAUUGAACAGCACUGCUACACACACACAGAAAGACUUGAAUGCUUGGUAAAAGUUGGUCUUGUUUCUGAAUUUGAAUAUAUAGAUAUUCAUUCCUUUUAACUACACUGGAGGUGGUAAUUGGGUAGUCAAGGGCUGGAGCUUGCCAUCCUCACUUAGCUGUCCAGCCUCCACUUGUAAUGUUCCAAGGCACCGAGAGGCAUGACGAGGAUUAAUCUCGUUCCCACGAUGGUGUGACUCAGGCUUGUCACUGCCCGGGUGUGGCCGGCAAGACUGAUCUGCAGAGCUGUGCAGGAAGGUUUUCUAAUCUUGAAAACUGCACCAUUGUCAUAGUUACGUUGUAGAUUGUUGAAGUUUAUGGAAGCAAAGUUUGAUGCUCAGUACAAAAGACUUGAUUUCAUAUUUAUCUUGUGCUCACUGGCUGUUGCCAGCAUAACGCCCACAGCUGUACCUCUGGACACACAUUCCUUGUACUCUCAUUCCUUGGAUGUUUUUCUCUUUGUUUAUUUUUUAUUCUGUGCACCUUACUCAGCCCCCUGCCAGCCAGUCAUGAGUCCAGCUUCAUGGCAGGGAGGGAGGGUGAGGGUGUGACGGCUGUGCUGAGUGUCCUAGGGAGAGAUGUGACGGACUUGUCUGAUAGCCAGUGCAUUCGCCUUCAGGAAUUAUAAUAGACCCUUACAGUAUGUUAGUAUUGUUACCAAACACACACAUGCACACACACACACACAUGUAGACACAUGCAUUCUUGCAUGCCUGUUGUUAUAACAUUUUGUAACUCGUAGAUUUAAGAGAUUAUAAAACUGUAUUUGAAUGUGAAUUGCCUUGUGUGAUACUUGCAUGCCAUACAUGCUUAGUGUAAAGGACAGUUCAUGAAUAUGCCAAGGUCCAUAGGCUGUGGUGUGGUCUGCUGGAUUAGUGUUAGCCGCACUCCAAAAAAUUUACCCUCAUUUCUUAUUUCAGUUUACACGAGUAUGUGCGGCACAGUGUGUGCAGUGCUUUAUGUUGUUUGUUACCGAUAUCUUUAUUGAAAAUAUCCUGAGUUGAGAUAUAAUGUAGCUGUUGACCAUUAGUAUGAAGAUGUUAAUUCUUUAUCAGGAGAAAUUCCUUUAUACAGAUUUAGUUUUAAAGUUCAACAGUCACUGAAUUUUCUUACAUUCAGUGGCAGUCCUUGUGUAUGAGUGCAAUAAUAGAUGCAUAACCUUGCUGUGGCUUAGUGUUCAUGCAGCCUUUAAACAAAAACACUGUAGUCACCAUGCACUACCCUGACCCAGAAGCUCUGCCCCCUCUUCUAUAACUAUGGGAGCCGAUUAACUGAAUGAAAGGAGCUUGGAGUAAUGAGUCAGGUGCCUUGGAGGGAGGGUGAGGGAGAGGCAGGGGCUUCUGGACUAGUUUAGUGUACAAACGCUAUAUAGUUAUGAACAUGUGGCGUCUUUGCAGGCAGUGUUCUUGGAUGUGACACGCUUCCUUCCUAAACAAUUGUCCCUUCCUGAGAGAUAACAUGAAAGUAGGGCAGGGGAGGUAAACAUAGGAGGUGUUAAGUGUGAAAGGGGUGACCAAACCAAUCAAGGUGGUAUUCAGUUUUUGGCGACAUCUGGCGGCUAAAUUAUUUGCUGCAUUGUGUGGUGAAGCAAGUUAUGGAAAAAGCAACCUUAAAGUGGGUGAUUCAUAGGCCUAAAGUUGUGUGAUUUUUCUGUCAAACUCAGCUGGUAUGGGGCGGGUGGAGUCUGGUGGUCGCCUUAAAACACGAUAUGCUCAAAACUAUAAUCAUGUCAGGUCGCCCCUUUCCCUUUCACACUAUACACGUCCAUUCAUCUACAUUUCAUUAACACAUCCAGACUCCCUUUACCUGUAUGCAAAAGGCGUUGGUAAAGUCGUUAAACUAUAUAAAUGUCAGGUCGCCCCUCUCACACUAUACACCUUGACUCAUCUACACUUUCCAGACUCCCUUUACCUGUAUGAGAAAGGCGUCGGUAAAGUCGUUAAACUAUAUAAAUGUCAGGUCGCCCCUUUCACACUAUACACCUUGACUCAUCUACACUUUCUUAACAUAGCCAGACUCCCUUUACCUGUAUGAGAAAGGCAUUGGUAAAGUCAUUAAACUAUAUAAAUGUCAGGUCGCCCCUCUCACACUAUACACCUUGACUCAUCUACACUUUCUUAACACAUCCAGACUCCCUUUACCUGUAUGAGAAAGGCGUCGGUAAAGUCGUUAAACUAUAUAAAUGUCAGGUUGCCCCUCUCACACUAUACACCUUGACUCAUCUACACUUUCUUAACACAUCCAGACUCCCUUUACCUGUAUGAGAAAGGCGUCGGUAAAGUCGUUAAACUAUAUAAAUGGUAGGUCGCCCCUCUCACACUAUACACCUCAAUUCAUCUACACUUCAUUAACACAGCCAGACUCCCUUUACCUGUAUGAGAAAGGCAUUGGUAAUGUCAUUAAAUUAUAUAAAUGGCAGGUCGCCCCUUGUCCACUACCUACACCACAUAUUCCUAUACAGUGAUCCUAUACCUGACAAUGUACAGGUCGAUGGGGUUGUAACUAUACCCAUCUGAGAAGCAGUGUUUGUAACGAUAGAUUGUAGUAAUUUUGUAAUGUCUCAGAAUUUGAUAUCCAGGAAGAGGAGGUUACUACUAUGUGUGUGAUGGUGAAGGAAAUAAAAGAGUUUGUUUUGUAUAA